AUGCUCCGUCAAACUGGUCUGCUUUCCAAACAAAGAGCCUAUUUUCACAGGCAGUAUCAAUUCGUCGAAUCGGUCUUUGCAUCAGAUCAAACUGUGACUUCACAAUGCGAGUGCUACUCUAAGGAGGUAAACUCCAAUCUAGGUCAGGAUAAACAACUAGACAUCAAAAUUGAGAUUCCUAAAAAAAUCCCCGAGUAUAAGAAGCAUGUUUUAGUGGUAUCUCCUCGGGACCGAAGUGUUGAAGAUACCGAAUGGAAGUCCUCAUGGCAAAGCAAGCUGGAAUUGAACCCCAGGUGGCCCUAUUCGAUAAUUGGAUCUUUGAAAGAACAUUUAAAACACUCGAACGCUGGUUCAGGAAUUCUAGUGAAUGCAAUCUCACUGAUAAGCGGUGAGUUCGCACCGCUCGAACCAAGUGAUGAACAGGUCGCAAGUAUAUUUGUUUUACCUGAUAUGAAACUAUACAGAGUGUCAAAAGGUGAGAUAAGUGAUUUCGCUCAUUUCUUGGGUGGUGGUGUGUCAGAGGAAUCACGAAACAAACACUUGAAUUUCUAUGACUUUUUGAAAGGAGCUAAUAAUGCACAAGUGAACCCUAAACCUAGCCGCUCGGAGUCGGUAAAACCACAUUUCGAUCAUGAAGUGCUCGAGAAAGAUUGGCUGCUAAUUUGUGGCCAUCUUCAGCGUGAUCACAGGUGUGGAAUCAUUGCGGAAGAUUGUAUCAAAGAAAUCAAAACUAAGGGUCUCUGUGCCGAUAGGAAUAUUGCAGUAAUCUCACAUAUUGGAGGGCACAAAUAUGCAGGCAACAUUAUCCUGUACAACCAUGAGAAGUCAUCCGAUGACUCGAAGAAACUUAUUGAUUGUUUAUGGUUCAGUAAAGUACUGCCUCCAACCCUCUCAAUCUUACUAGAGAACUUAGAAAAUGGGAAAAUACCAAAGGAGCUUUUCCGUGGUGGUGUAUCUAUGAAUUAA